UGCCUCCUCCAGCGGCACUCUUCCUCUUUGACCACUGGAGGCUCCCAGCAGCUUCUGCGUCACUUGGUGCCUCAGCCUGCGAGCAUGGCGGAGGUGCAGCCGCCGCGCGGAGGAGGGCAGCUCCAACUUCUCAAUGGAGACGACUUGAACGAGGAGAGGGAGGACGCGGACCCGGGGAAGAGGAGGAGAAGGAGGAAGAAGAGGAGCAAGAACACCUCUGCAGCAGGGGCAAACGACGGCGAGGAGGACUUCGGGGAAGCCGGAGGUGUUGGUGAUGUGAUGAAACAGCUGGAGCAGCAAACUCUAGAGGAAAGAGAACAGGCCGAGGAGGCGGAGGAAGAUGGAGAUGAAGGAGAGAACGCAGCUGGCAAAAAGAAAAGGAAGAAAAAGAAGAAGAAAGGAUCGAGGGGACAGACUGACCCUCCCUCAGUUCCUAUUUGUGAGCUCUAUCCCAACGGAGACUUUCCAAAGGGAGAGGAGUGUGAAUACCCCCCAUCGAAAGACGGGCGCAGUGCAGCGUGGCGAACCAGCAGCGAGGAGAAGCGAGCGCUGGACAGUGCCAAUGAGGAGAUGUGGAGCGAUUUUAGGCAGGCAGCGGAGGCUCACCGACAGGUCCGCUCCUACGUCAGGAGCUGGAUCAAACCCGGGAUGACCAUGAUCGAGAUCUGUGAGAAGCUGGAGGACUGCUCCAGGAGACUCAUCAAGGAAAAUGGGCUGCAUGCGGGCCUGGCAUUCCCCACCGGCUGCUCCAUUAACCACUGUGCUGCUCACUACACCCCAAACGCAGGCGACCCCACUGUACUGCGCUUUGAUGACGUCUGCAAAAUUGACUUCGGCACACACAUCAACGGUCGAAUAAUCGACUGUGCCUUCACCGUCACCUUCAACUCAAAGUACGACCGACUGCUGGAAGCUGUGAAAGACGCAACCGACACUGGAAUCAGGUGUGCUGGAAUUGAUGUGCGCCUGUGCGAUGUCGGUGAGACGAUUCAGGAGGUCAUGGAGUCUUACGAAGUGGAGAUAGACGGGAAAACAUAUCAAGUGAAGCCAAUCAGGAACCUGAAUGGCCACUCCAUCGGACAGUACAGGAUACACUCAGGGAAGACUGUCCCGAUCGUGAAGGGAGGGGAGGCUACAAAGAUGGAGGAGGGGGAAGCUUACGCCAUUGAGACAUUCGGCAGCACAGGAAGAGGUGCAGUCCACGACGACAUGGAGUGCUCACACUACAUGAAAAACUUCAGCGUGGGACAUGUCCCGAUAAGACUUCCAAGGGCUAAACAUCUGCUGAAUGUGAUCAAUGAGAACUUUGGCACGUUGGCGUUUUGCCGCCGCUGGAUGGACCGCCUGGGCGAAAGCAAGUACCUGAUGGCCCUGAAGAAUCUGUGCGACCUCGGCAUCAUAGACCCGUACCCGCCCCUUUGCGACAUCAAGGGCAGUUACACCGCUCAGUACGAGCACACCAUCCUACUCAGGCCCACGUGCAAGGAGGUGGUGAGCAGGGGAGACGACUACUAAGCAUGCUGCAAAAAAUCUAAUGCAAACCUAGAGUAGCAUGAUUAGUCAGCAACAACCAGCCUUCCAAGACUGACAGCAAUUAUGCAAAUUUUCUCCUCAGCUUGAAUAUAUUAAGGAAAUUGUCUUAGGCUAAAAAAAAUAAAAUAAACCCUUAAGGGA